UAUAUAUAUAUUAAAAGUGUUUUUGGUGCUCUCGACAAAUAUGCGAAAUUUUCUGAUCACCUGUUUGUGCCUGGCGCUGUUUUGCGGCCAGCUGGACGGGCGACUGGUGCGAAUCCGACGCAUUCGUCGCCUGGUGGGUGACCAGAGUGAACGGGAUGCACAGAUUACGGAUUAUCGCGUCUCGCCGCUGGACGAGGAGGGCGUCUUCAAGUUCGCCUUCAGGACCAGCAAUGGCAUCGAUGUGCAGGCCGCGGGCAGCGCACUGGAAACGAUUGGCAUAUUUAGCUAUACCUCGCCGGAGGGUGUGCCCAUCGAGACGCGCUACAUAGCCGACGAGCUGGGCUUCCAUGUGGUCGGCAGACAUCUGCCCCAGCCGCCGCCAACGCCCAGCUACAUCCUGCGCUCCUUGGAAUACAUACGCACACACAACGAGGAUGGCAGCCCGAAGGCGCGCCUCCUGUGAGCUCGCGCUCACACUCAUCCAGAAGAAGGCUGAUAUUACCAUAUAGCAUAUACGUAUAUUUAGCAUAUAGUAGAACCCCACUAAUAACUACCUAUUGUUAGCUUUUGUUAGCCGAAUUGCUCUUGGCAUUCGUGUACAUAUAUAACUCAUGUCAUCCAACAUAUUCCUGCUUAACUUGAUUGUGCCGCGCAAGCUGUCAUAUAUCUAUAUUGACAGCAUAUGGAUAUUAUUUAUAAUAACAACAGCAACUGCCAGUUACAUCCAAAUAUAGCUAAAAACAAUAAUUAUUAAUAUACAAUAAUGUGGUAUUUGUUUAAAUUUUGGUCUGACGACCCCAACAAAUCAACUCUUGGUUAUAGAUUAACCAUAAAAGUUGAUAAUCAUAUGACGUUUUCUCGCUUGACUAGACAACUCAUUAAUAUUUAUUAGUCAGCUGAAUCGAAUCGUGAUUCUAUUUGGAGUGCUCUUGUAGUUCUUUCCGGGUGGUUGUUGUAUUCACAUUGCCAGGCUAUGCGUACAAUAGAAUGAGUUGUCUGUUUUUUCAAGAGUCAGGCAAGUAUUUGCUAAGGUCUAACACUAGGACA